UGCUUCGAGCCUGAACUGAAGAUUUGCUUCUUUCGACUCAACAGAAACAUCAUUUUAGUUUUUACCAGCCUAAACAGGGAACGUCGGAUAAAUACAAAAAUGGCAACUGGACCUGCAGUAAGUUCAGCUCUAGAGACGAUCAGCAGACAUCAUCUUGAGUGCAGCAUCUGCCACGAGAGAUACCAACAGCCCAAGAUACUGGAAUGCCUGCAUAGCUUUUGUGAGCAAUGUCUGCUGAAAUAUCGUAGCACGAAGCACCAGGACUCUAUGGUGAUCCCUUGCCCUGUGUGUCGACAGGAGACAAAGCUUCCUGAGGUGGGUGUGCAGGGUCUGAAAACCAACUUUCAUCUGAUUGGUCUGGUUGAGGAGUUUGAACUGCAGGAAAAGUUGGUGUGUUCGGGUGACACAAAGCUGCUAUGUGAGACAUGUGAUGAUGGCAAUGAGGCAACAAGUCGGUGUUUGGACUGUGCGCAAAAUAUUUGUUUACGUUGUCAAAGUUCACACAAAAGAAUUGCUACUACAUCAAGCCACAUCAUCGCUACUUUGGAGGACAUUCGUGAAGGAAGGGUGAAAGUAACGAAGGAAAACCCAAAGCAACAUUCAAAAUGUCCGAAACAUGAAGGCGAAGUGACACGAUUCUUUUGCACGACAUGUGAAGUGUUGAUCUGCCGAGAUUGUACUGUCAUUGACCACCGUAUGCCAGAACACUCUUACAUUGACAGAAAUCUGGCCAUAUCAACGUACAAGCAAUCAUUAGCUGAACUGUUUCCUCCACUUGAAAACUCAAUGACAAAACUCCACGAGUCACGAGAAAAAGUCUCAAGAAUGAAAGAAGAUUUAGGUGUCACAGUUGAGAAGGUCAUGACAGAAGUGCAAGACAGAGCAGCUGAGAUACGAGCAGAGGUAACGGCUCAAGAAAAUCGCAUCCUUGACGACAUCAAAAACAUCCAAACAGAUCGUGGGCAGAAAUUGGACGAAUGUGAGAAAACUAUGGGCUUAGCAGCGGAGAGAUGUCAGCAUUCACUAGACACAGCAAGAGAGGUGACACGGACUGCAUCAGAUAGUAACUUUCUCUCACUUUAUGCCACAAUCAGCAAAGACUUGAAAUUGUUGGCAGAUCAGAGUGUGCCUAGAGUUUACAACAGGCUUGCAUUUCUGAAGUUCAAGCAGAGUGAAGGUGUUGGUUGCAUCAAGCUGGGUGAGGUGGUGGUGGAAAGCAAAUGGGAGCUGUGUCGGGAGUUUGGUAGAGUGGGAAGCGGUCCAGGAGGGUUCAGUCUUGCUUGGGACAUUGCUGCUCGUCAACCUGAUGAGAUUGCAGUGGCUGACAUCAACAACAAAUGUGUUGUGAUUUGCAGCAUCGAUGGCAACCAGAAAAGCAAGAUACCGAUGCAAGGAUGUCCACGUGGCAUCGCAGCUACAUGCAGCGACAUUCGCUUGGUGGUUGUUGAGCAAAGCGCAUCCCAUGUGAAGGUGUUCAACAGCGACAACACGCUGGCAUACAAGUUCCCAACGGUGCCGCCGAGUGAGGUCGGUAAGACCACGGUUGACCUCCAGAGCGUAGCUGUCAAGAAUGAUGGUACCAUUGCAGUGGGUGAUGUGGCGAGGAUGGUAUUGACAGUGCACAGCCCCACUGAUGGUGAGCUCCUUCAUACCAUACCAGUCAAGAUUAAACCUUAUUUUCUGGCUUUUGACAGCAAUGAUCGAGUUAUAAUAAGUGGCUUUAAAUCACAGACAGUGGAUAUUGCCGGUGGCAAUGGUGCUACAAAACGCACCUUAAAACCCACCAUCAAUGGUCAACCAGUGAGAUACUGCAAUGGUGUAUGCACCGAUAGCUCAGGUAUCUAUGUUGUAAUGCAUAAUGGUGAUGACACGGGUCAUAUCCACCACUAUGACCCUCAAGGUGGUUUUCUCAAGUGCAUCGCACAGGGUCUGCACUACCCACAGGGUAUCACAUUCUCAUCUGAUGGGCAGCUGGCAGUGGCUGACUUCUACUCGGUAAAGACGUAUCGCCAGGUGUGAUACGACAUUUUGUUAUCAGUCAUGUCAAUUUAUAAGCAUGGGUGAAAUGUCGAUAGAAAAAUGAGAGAAUGGUUCUAAUUGCCACAAUAAAAAGGCACACUGAUACCACAAGUAAUAAAAAAAAAACCUAGGCUAUACAGUAUUGGUUUACAUGUGUUGCCUGUAAUUCUUCGACUUUUUUAUCAAUCGGUCAAUUUAGUCCACAACUGUGGUCGGUUGAAAAUUUUUCGUCUUAAUUCAUCAAGUAUAUACAUGUCUAUGUAGAGCUGUCAAUGUUGGUCUUUGGUUUAAACCUUAUUUUAACACAAUGAUCACUUGAAAGAGAGAAAUGAUGAAUUUCUUAAAACAUUCUUCAAUGCGACACCGGGGAAACGUACCAUUUUUCGACUGUAAGCAGUUUAUAUUUUCAGUAAAUUGCAUAUUUCAAAAAGGCAAUAUUUUCAAUGUUCAACAAAACUUAUUUUUCUUUGAUAAAUGGCCGUUUCGGAUUAUAAUGAGUCACCCUUUUUAGUUGUUGCCUUUACUUAACAAAUAAUGCGCAGUUCCUGAUAACUAAGGGUUUGGUAAUUAGAAGACAACAAAAAUGCUUCGAAUAAAAGCUCAAAAUAACUCGGGCAACUGUCAAUAUCGACGCACAGCAAGAACAAAAAAAGUACAUGUUUUGCCAAAAAUGACAUCGCAGUUUUGCUUAUGACUUACAUGCGCAAUACGAUAUUACGGCUCUUGCAACAAAUUUAUACCGAUUAUGACAAUUGAAUCCAAUCAAUUCUAUAAAAUUGACUGUAUUGACCCCAUCAAUGGUAUGGAAUAAUACUGAUAUCAACGAUCUACUCGUUAUAAUAUUGGCUAGUCAUUAUCCCUCCUAUGCAAACAAACAUUCUGUGCAAGUUUUCCUUUCAGUCAAAAUCAGUCUAGUGACUGUUUUUCACGAUUGAGUGCUCUCUGACAAAAUAAAGCAGGAUUGACUGGCUGUGAUAGUUUAUGUGUCGUGCUACAGCUAUGCUUUGACUGUAGGUGAUAGAUAAGACAUGUGCCUACUACUUAUCUGCUUGUGUCUGUUGACUUAAUUUGACUAGUCACAGUGCUUGCUUGAAAUACAUGUAUGAUCUGACUGUUUGGUGACUAGCCAUAAGAGGCAUGAUAAGAAAGAGGGUUGAUUUGUUGACUGUCUGUGACUGAUCAGACAGCAGGAGGGUUGAACAAUACAUUGAAGUUUAGCCUAGAUGUCCAGUUGGAUGCGCAUACACUAAUGACAAUGUAUCAUAGUUUAAGCAAUACAUGCCAACUGUGUUAAGUAUAAGUAUGUUAGGUAUUUGAAUUCUAGUUCAGCUCGCCUGUAAAUGCGCAAUUCUGGGAAUUGUAUCAUUCUAUGUUGAUUUCACUUUGCUCCUGUUAAUUAAAUGUUAAUUUGGCUGAGUUCAGCUGUUUUUCAACUGAAAAAAAAUGGCUUGGUUGAUGGUUAUAGACUUGAAUUCCCCCCAAAAGUAAGAGAAAACAAAAUAUCACAUUGAAUCAAAUGCGGUGAAAGUUUGUAAAAAAAAAUGUUUAAGAAUGAAAUUGAAGGGAAAACCCUAACCGUAAGCGUGGUUGAAGCAAAUAAGAUUGUUAAUUCAUGUAUAUAAAAAUUCGUCCUAAGAUCAAGUACUAUAGAGAUGAAUAACUUAAAUCGUUAUUCGAGAGAAAGUUUGGGAUACCAUUAUUACGAUUUGUUUGUAUAUCAAUUGUUCUGGUACGUUAGAUGUAUUUUAUUUUUCAACAAACAAUACACUGGAUCUGACAACUGAGGAUUAUUGUUCUAUCAUUAUCAGUCCUUUGUGCAGUCCUUUAUUAUCAGUCCUUUAUGCAUCAUGAACAGAAAUUACGAGAAUUGUUUUAUCUUUUAAUCAAAAGUCCAAUUAUACAUGUGUUAUUUUUUCUCGAAAUCAACGAUAUAUUUUGACUAGAUUUUGGUUCAUAUAGAUUACAUGAGGAUAAGUUUGUAAAUCGAGAACACUGAAAUAAACGUAAGAUAACCUAAUAUUUUUUAAAGGGUAAAAUUCAAGCCAAGUGAUCGGUUAUUGGCCAAAAUGAUUUUUUUUAAAUGCUACAUCUUGUUUUUAUAGUAAACUGUGGUGCAUCAUUUGUAUACAGGCUUUUGGAGUCGUGUAUUUAACUACUGCAUGUGAAAGGCCGAUACACAGGGCUUCAUGACAACAGUACGUGUUUGUAGUUGAAUUCAGGUUGCGCAGACAGAAAGGGUCAGCCUGACACGGGACCAUACUAAAUCUCCUGGAGUGCCAAUAUUGAACGAAGUUCAAAUAGAUCGACCGCGCAUUCAGUGCCUUACACUCGUCUCAUGAUAUACUUGUCUAUCCGUAUAUUUUGGCUUAAUGUUUUCCAUUUCCACGGAAUAAUUUUAAACAAAUAAACAACCUUAUUUUUUAUUUCAAUAAAGCGAGGAUUUCUUUACUAAUCAUUUGCUUACAUAUGAAGCUUUGUUAAAAGUGACUUACAUGGGGCAUGUUUUACUCAUUACGCCGACAACCCUCUAAUUGAUUGGACUUUUUGUCAAUGACAUUCAUCCUUUAAAGUCCUAAUUAAAUAGUCCCGUUAUCGACACUGUAUUUGAUUACACAAAGUAGGAAUUUCGUAAGUCAGUCAGAACAUUUGCCCCACAAUGCUAAAUAAAUAUAACCCAUGCACGUUAAAAGCAAAGUAAUU